CCGUACCGGGUCACGAUAACUCGCAGUCGCCGCACCAACUGUCUCUGGCGUGGCAUACAGUGCAGCGACGACCCCUGAAUUCGUGCUGUUACACGUGUCAUUCUAAGCAGUUUCCUCACUCGGACACGAUCGUUCAUUUCUGCUUUGCGGACUACAAACAUGUAGCUAGUCAGUCUUUUCUGACUUCGUCCUUGACCUUAUUAAAUCGACUAUCGCCAUCCCUUGUAACUUUCCGCCCCAUGUCAACAAUGGCAGCUCCUAAACUUUACUAUUUUGACGGACGUGGAAGAGCAGCUAUAAUACGUAUGACGCUGGCCGCGUGUGGCAUCAAGUUCACAGAUGAGCUUCUGACAGAAAAAGAGCAACUUGAAAAAUGGCGAUCAGAUGGGCUCCUACAGUUUUCACAAGUGCCAAUGUUGGAGAUAGAUGACCUGAAGUUGGUACAGUCAGGAGCCAUUGUUCGGUACCUUGCAGAUAAAGAAGGGCUACUGGGGUCAUCACUGGAGGAGACGGCCAGAAUCAAUGUCAUGUUCGAAGGCUCACGUGACUUUAUGUCGUUCUUCUACAAAGCCGGAUUUGUGGACAUAAAGGAGGUGCUGAAGGACGCCUCGGCCAAAGGUUUGCCUCGCUAUCUGCCUAUAUUUGACAAGGCUGUAAAGGAAAACGGAAGUGGUUUCCUGGUUGGCGGACGUCUGACGCUUGCAGAUAUAGGUCUUUUGGAACCAAUUCUUACCAUACUCGACUACUACGGGGAGGAAGCUCUAAAAGAUUACCCAUCUCUUCAGGAGUUUCAUAAGAAGGUGACGUCUCUGCCGAACAUGGCUGAGUUCUUGGCAGGACCACAGCGGAGGAAGCCCAAUGAUGACGUGUACGUCUCCACCGUGAAAAAGAUCCUCUUUUCAUAACCCGAGACCAACUCGUUACAUUUUACAAGCCACAUGAAGAUAUUGAUCAAGCAUAUUUUAGUCACAUAUCCGUAUCGGACUUUAAUAGUAGUUUAAACAGCAUCGGGACUUUUAGCUAUAUACACAUUUUAGCUCACCUGAUGAAUUCAGUUGGAAUUGUGCGUGGAUGUAUUACUAUAAAGGGGCUCAAGUUUGUUCAAUGCAUCAACAUUUCAACAUGUCCACAAGGUAGCCAUCUUUAUAUAUUUAAUCACUUAAAAAUAUCCAAAACCUCAGGGGACAUUUGCCGGACACUUAGGUGAGAUAGUCACCGUAUGUCGUUCCAAGUUAUUCAAGGCAUUGCAAACAACAUGCCUCGUCAGUCCUAAAUGUGUUCUCAGAAACCAUUGGAUCUUUGAAACUGAAACUUCACAUUCUUGUUCCCACUUUUGUUAUCACAUUUUUUUAUUAAGAUCAAUAUAACGUACUAGUAUCUAUUUGUGUACAUCGUGGAAAGUGGUAUAUGUUUACUUAGUCGUGGGGCACAACAAGUAUGUUUAUUGUAUUUACUUCUGACCAUGAUCCUUACCUCUAUCAACAUAUAUUUGUGACCCUGUAAACUUCUUUUCCCCUGAAAUUGCUAGGCUGUAGAAACAUGGGCAUGUAUGUUCCUCCUUAUAAUACUUUAGUUUGUUAAAUGUUUUUGAUUUUAGUUUUUUUUCACAUGUUUAUUUUAAUGCAGCAAGUAUUUAAAUAUCAUUACUGACUGCAACUUAUGUGAAGUAUCCGUCUUUGUUGAUAUGUUAAGCUGUUGACGAUAUGUCCAGGUGAACUACAGUGCCGUGACACUAUCUUAAAUAUGAACGUCUUGAAAA